AUGAAAGCAUCACAAAGUAGGCAAAAAAGCUACCAUGAUAAGAGGAGGAAAGAUAUAGAAUUUAGGGAAGAUGAUCAUGUGUUCCUAAGAGUCAAUCAUGUGACUAGUGUUAGGCGUGCACUGAAAUCAAAGAAGCCUACUCCUAAGUUUAUCGGUUUGUAUCAAAUUUCUCAUAGAAUUGAAAUUGUGGCUUAUAGAGUGGUCUUGCCACCAUAUGUUUCGAAUUUGUAUAACGUGAUCCAUUUGUCGCAACUUCGGAAGUAUAUUCUUGAUCUGUCUCAUGUGAUUCAAAUGGAUGAUGUGCAAGUGAGGGACAACCUUAUGGUAGAAGCAUUGUCUGUGAGGAUUAAGGACCUAGAGUUGAAGAAGCUAAGGGGUAAGGAGAUUGCUCUAGUGAAAUUUAUCUGGGGAGUAGCUGUUGGAGGAAAUAUGACUUGGGAGCUGAAAAGCCAGAUGCGAGAAGUAUAUCCAAAGUUGUUUUUAUCAGGUAAGUUUACGAAGAAGGAAAUAUUCUAA